AUGUUGCAGGGAAAGUGUCAGCAACAAGACUUGUGCCUCACCCAGGAAUGUGUUCACGCUGCCUCCAGUCUCCUCGCUGCUCUCAACAACAAAGUCGACCCCUGCCAUGAUUUCUACGAGUAUGCGUGUGGUGGUUGGAUUCAGGCGAACAUACACAAGGCAGAUGCCAACACACUCUUCUACGGGAUCAACCACAACAUCCUGCCUGAAUACAUCGACACCAAACUAAGCCAGCUCCUCAAGACCGGGGAGGGAGUACCGGAGGAGUUGUUGCAGACCAAGCCGUACCGGGACCUGUUUUUCUUCUACCAGUCCUGCCUUGAUGUGGCUGACGAGCAAGAGGCGGACCUGAAGCCAGUGUUCGACAUGCUGAAGUCUAAGGCGGAGUUCCAGGUGGGUCGACCGUUCCAGCCGGAGAGCUGGAAUCUGACGCGAGCGUUGCUGGAGAUGUUCAGGAUGAACGGUGCUCCUCUCUUCGAUGUCAUUAUCGACGCAGACAUCCGCAACUCUAGCCGUUUUUCCAUCAUCAUCACCUCCCCCCGUCGCUCUGGUCUGGUCCCAGCCCUGGUGAGACCAUUCCGCCGUCGGUCUCGCGGUCUCCCGGGUCUUCAACAGUUUCUCAGAGAGAGAGGACAACGUGUGUUGUUUGGUGGAACUUCAGACGAGGCUGCGGUACUUGAGAUGUUAGUGGGGCGUAAUGCUAAUACCAAGAGGGAAGCAGCAUUCUUUGAACCUGGUGCUGCUGCUGGUGCUGCUGUUGGUGUUGGUGCUAGUGCUGCUGAUGACGCUGUUGCUGAGGCCCUGCAUCGUAACAACUCAGCCUUAACAGGGAACGACAAUGUAUAUCCAGUCAUUAACAUUGUUCCCACACGUCAAGUGUUUACUGGUGAGGACGCAAAGCAACCGGAUGAAAGACAUGUUGAUGGUGAAUACGUUGACGGGCAACACUAUAACGCGAAGCAACAUGCAGAAGAGAACGUUGGCGACAAGAACAACGGUGAUAAUAUCUCAAUGCUGCUUCUUCCGGACAAAUUUUCCAAUAUAACCAAGGCAACCGUACAAAUAUACAGUGCUACGCCCGUAACUACCCUAGGAUCCACUACUAUCCACUCAAACAGCACCCAGAUACCCAGUACUACUCCUGCACCCACACUUAGAUCAUCUGAUGCUCAUUCACUCAUCCAGACACCCACCAGCACCCCUAUACCAGCCCAGGGAUUAACUACUACUAAUAUUACUACCCACUCGUCCAACCAGAUGCACACAACUACUGCUACUAUUCCAGCACCCAUUCAGAGGUCCGCUACUACCCAUUCACCCACCCAAACAACAACUACCACUCCCUCAACCACAACUGCUCACGAACCCACGCAAGCAACCACCACCAGCAGCAGCAGCACCACCACCACCAGCAGUAGCAGCACCAGCACUACCAGCAGCAGCAGCCACGAUCAGGAUGCCACUACAACUCCGCCUGGAGAAACAGACAUGAACAUCAUUGAAAGUGAAGAUUACAGAGGACUUGACGACGCUGUUGAAGAUGAUCAAAACUUUCUGGUUAGCCGCAAAGAAAUCUACCGCAUGUUCAAAGUAAGUCCCAGCAGUGUUUCUCUAACAACCAGUACUUCUGUAAAGGAACACGAACAACAGAUUGUAAAGGUUCUGCAGCUUGAAGACUGUGUUAGAGUUCUGUCUUCAGAACUGUCAGUCUCCUGCAGCUGCAACACCCUGUAA